GCAUGCCAUGCAGGGGCGUCGGGUGUAGCAAGGUUGGAGUGGACCCAGAGACAAGAUUUUAAAAUGGGCCCCCCCUUCGAUGAAGCCCAGCUUAUGAAGUGGAAGAGGAAUGCUGCAAGUCCAUCAAACAGUAGAGGAGGAGAAAAAAGGACUUGAAGAAUAUAUCAAGGACAGUGAAGAAGAUGCACUUCAAAUGCUCAAGAACGAGAAACUAUUCAACACCAAUGAAACAAAGCAGGCCUACAAGAAAGAACAGGUCAAGAACCGAGCAAAAAAAUGGAAAAAUAAGCCACUGCAUGGUCAAUAUUUGCACAAUAUAACUGGAAAAUCGGACAUCACCAAGUCCUGGCAAUGGCUUAAGAAUGGCAACUUGAAGAAAGAAACAGAGGUUUUAAUACUGGCUGCACAGGAACAGGCACUAAGAACAAAUGCAAUAAGAGCAAAAGUCGUAAAAUCCACCACAAACAGCAAGUGCCGCCUUUGUAAAGAAGCAGAUGAAACAGUGGACCACCUAAUCAGCUGUUGUAAAAAGAUCGCACAGACUGACUACAAACAAAGGCAUGACAAGGUAGCAGGGAUGAUACACUGGAACAUCUGCAAAAAAAAAUACAAGCUACCUGUAGCCAAAAAUUGGUGGGACCAUACAAUUGAAAAAGUUGUCGAAAAUGAAGAUGCAAAAAUAUUAUGGGACUUCCGACUACAAACAGACAAACAUCUGCCACAUAAUACACCAGAUAUAACUGUAGUCGAGAAGAAAGAAAAACAAGUUAAAAUAAUCGACAUAGCAGUACCAGGGGAUAGCAGAACAGAAGAAAAAGAAAUAGAAAAAAAUCACAAAAUACUAAAAUCUACAAAUGGAAAUUGAAAGGCUGUGGCAGAAAAAGACCAAAAUAACCCCAGUGGUAAUUGGCACCCUAGGUGCAAUUCCAAAACAACUUGAAGAGCACCUCAACACCCUAGGGGCCACAGAAAUCACCAUCAGCCAGUUACAAAACGCAACUUUCCUGGGAACAGCCUAUAUUUUGUGAUGAUAUCUAUAAUAAUCUACAACACUGACAAUAAAAUUCAACCAUCCCAGGUCCUCAGGAAGGACUUGAUAUCUGGAUAAAACAAACCAGUCAAUAACACCUGUCUGACUGUGUAAACAAGAAAUAAUAAUAAUUAUAUUAUUAUUUUUUAUUCGAUUUCUAUACCGCCCUUCCAAAAAUGGCUCAGGGUGGUUUACACAGAGAAAUAAUAAAUAAAUAAGAUGGAUGCCUGUCCGCAAAGGGCUCACAAUCUAAAAGAAACACAAGAUAGAUACCAGCAACAGUCACUGGAGGUACUGUGCUGGAGGUGAAUAGGGCCAGUUACUCUCCUCCUGCUCAAUAAAAAGAAUCAUCACAUUAAAAGGUGCCUCUUUGCCAAGUUAGCAGGGGUUGAAAAAGGCUUUGGGAAAAUGUUGCAAAAGGCUUUGGAAAAUUGAA